GCUUCCCCCCGUUCCCGCUGCCCCCGAUAGACUCCGGAGAUAUUGUCAUGCAAAACCAACCGACGCCUUCCCCAUUGUCUCCCCAGACCCAGCCACGUAUAUUACGCGGCGGCCGGGCCCGCCAGCCGGGAGCCGAGGGGGGAAGCAGCGGGAGAGGGGUGCGUGGAGAGGCACCUUCUCCAGGCAUCCAGGAACUUGCUGAGCCAGGAGGACCAAGAGCUCGGAACAGGGGGUCGAGUGGCAGCCGGACCCUGGGGCGCUGAGGCGGGACCCCUGGAUCGGACUCCAGAGACCGACCCCUCCGGUGGGGCCCUCGCUUCUCUCCCUCCCCCGAGCUCUCCGGCCAUCCACCUGUGACCUCCUCUAUGUACAAAAUGGAUUACUCCUACCUCAACUCCUACGACUCCUGCAUGGCCGCCAUGGAAGCCUCCGCCUACGCGGACUUCAGCUCCUGCAGCCAGGCCAACACUUUCCAGUACAACCCCAUCAGGACCGGCUUUGGGACCAACCCCGGGUGCCCGCCGCUCAGCACGGCCAACUGCACCUUGGGGGCCCUGCGAGACCACCAGCCUUCGCCUUACUCCACAGUUCCCUACAAGUUCUUCUCCGACCCCUCGGGGAUCAACGAGAAGCGAAAGCAGAGACGGAUCAGGACCACGUUCACCAGCUCCCAGCUGAAGGAGCUGGAGAGGGUCUUUGCUGAGACCCACUAUCCAGACAUCUACACCCGGGAGGAGCUGGCGCUGAAGAUCGACCUCACCGAAGCCAGGGUCCAGGUUUGGUUCCAGAACCGACGCGCCAAGUUCCGCAAGCAAGAACGGGCGGCAAACGCCAAAGGGGUGAAUGGCGGCUCCUCGGCCAACAAGAAAUCUGACCCGCGCUCCUCCUCGGAGGACGACGAGUCCAAGGAGUCCAACUGCAGCCCCACCCCGGACAGCACCGCUUCACUGCCCACCACGGGCAGCCUCCACAGCCCCGGGAGCAGCCUGAGCCCCAGCCCCGGCACGGGGCAGGGCCUCGGACCCAGCCACGCCGCCCAGUCCUUAAAGGCUCCCAUCUGGCCAGGGGUCAGCACCAGCAACGGUGCCACCAACACGGCGGAGCUCCUGAAGGCGUGGCAGCCGGCCGAGGCCAUGCCAGGACCGUUCUCCGGCGUCCUCUCCUCCUUCCACAGGAAGCCCAACGCCCUCAAGACAAACCUAUUCUAAUGACCGGGAAUGGACCGCGCCAAACAAACAUUGCCAACUCCUUCGUGUGCCAUUGUGUGCGACAUCAAAUAGCUCUCCCCCUCCGCCCCCUUCUCUAGCUAGUAGUCUCCAAGGUUCCUCUCUCUGUCUGCAGAGCCAGGUAGACUCCCCCAGGCCUCCGGGAAGGGCCAGAUUCUCCCAGGCUGGAGGGAAGUACUGAAACGGACACCCGGCGGAGCCAUGCCUGCAACCCACCAUCUCGUCUGUGUUUCUAGCAGUACUCAAGAGGACAAAUGAUGCACCCCCCGGACUGAACUGCCCCUCACCCCACACAUCCCUAGGGAGGUCGACCUCGCCCAGCCGUGAGGCCGGCUUAGCGACUACCAAGCAGCUUCCCUUGGGGUGGGGACCAGUGCGGCCGGCCAGGCACUCACCUCCUGUAGAACAGCUGUGUGGUGGAUCAGUCACUGGGGAAGCUCUUCCCCACCUCUCCGCCAACGUGCACAGGGCUCUGGCUGAGAAACAUCACCUUCCGCUGCCACCACUGUUCUCCUGGCGUGCUUAGAUCGCAGUGGAAGAGUGGUCUCCUUUUUGAGCUCCUGGGAUGCCAGGGUCCCCUGGGUGUGCAGUGGUCUCCGGACCAGGCCGGGCUUUGCCUCAUUUUAAAUGUUGUACAUACGUAGCUAUAUCUAGGGAGGGGGAGUACCCCAACGGCCAGCAGCCCAGGGAAGAGGGGGUGUGGAGGACAGCUAAUCCUUCUGCUGAGUGUGCCAUUGAGCCGUUAGCCACGGGCAGGGCAGGCGUGGGAGGGUGUUUCGUGGCCCUGUUGGCCAGAGGCCUACGCUAGCCAUCUCUUGGGUAAGAUGCAGUCAGGGACAGAGCAGAGAGCGUGUUUCUUUAGCUUCUCAUGACCCCGUAAGGAACCAAGGAAGGGGUAUAACAGCCCUGAGUAGUCCUGGGGAUGCAGGUGGGUGUAGUGGAAACUGUGAUUGGACAGUCCCUGGUCAGAAAUAGCCAGCUUCUCUCCCCCACAACGGCCAUUCACCGUGACCCCUAUCCUGAGAGAUAGCAGGGCUCUUCUGUCCACUCCUGGGUCGCCGCUGCGGCUGGAAACCUGGCGUAAGUUCAGCACCAGCUCCGCCUCACCACGGGGAGAUGUGGAUGGGCACCACAUGUAGCCCCUUCUGAACCCAUCCAACUGUUUUCGGGAACCACCAGGCCUGGCUCCUUGGGGCCCACUAGAGGAAGGCUCUAGCACCCUCCCGCUUAGCCCCAGACCGGAGGGGUGGCCAUUUUGAAAGACUGUCCGUGGCGAUGCUCUUCCCCACUGACUCCUACGACGUAACACUGUGAUUGAAACUACCGCAGCGGGCAGCCGGCGCCCCAUGGCACUGGACUGGUUUCUCCGUCAAGCCAAGCGAACAAUCAUUAGCUGGACCCUUGCGAUGCCUUCUCCAUCCAGUAGAGGGCAGGUUUGAGGCCGCCAGGCAAAGGAGAGGCACUUUCUUUUGGGUGUGGCCAACGUUGAUAGUUUCUUUUAUUGCUCAAUGUUGAAUUUCAGUCGAGACAUUGCCCAGCGGUGGAAGGAGGGAAGAAAGCACUUUAUGGCGGGGCUGGGCAGGCCAGCCGACCCUGUCUUGGCAUGUACCUCGUUGGGUGAGCGAGGAUCAGAACAACAGAGGCAUGGGGAGGACUGCCCGUGGCUUCUGCAGACAGUUGCUGGCAGCGCCCGGAUCCACUAUCCCAAACUCCACUGCUGCAAGGACCCCGGGGAACCAGCAGGGACAGCUGGACCGUGCUCCUCAGGUGCAGAAAGGAAACCAGGCCAAUACGUCUGUUUAGGACCCCUCAUCCCACCGGAUGCAAAGCGUUUCACAGACUGCGCACAGAGGGACCCCGCGCCCGCCCCUCCAACGCUGUUCCCGUUGUCACUGCUCCAGGAAGUGGAGACGAACGCUGUGUCCAAAUGGCGCCACGGAGGGCACUGGAGGGAGGUGGGAUGACGUCACGCUUCUGGUGGGCGAGGACCCCAGGAUUGGUGACUUUCUGGCAGAGAUAAGGGCCACGGUCCAUGCAUGGUUUUGCCUCUUCCCUGGAAGACGACCCCUCCAGCGGCCAGCACUGCUCACUAGCAGGCAGGGUCACGGGGAGCCCCUUGCCUCGGACACCGUGUCAGGGCGUUGACUGACUUCCCUGCAGCACAGCAUCUCACCCAGCCACCAGGCUGAGGUAGAGUUUGGCCCUGACUCUACCAGAAGGACUCCCCCAGCCCAUGCGCCUGCACCACCAGGGUGUCUCUUGAAGGUCGCUGACCGGGCCCAGCCCUGUUGACCUGGGACGAUCUAAGGAGCAAUGGCUGCAAAUUGCAGACACCUCAGACACUGACGUUAACGCCCAGACUGCUUCUGUGAUGCCAGGCUCAGGCCUCUAGUUUUCAAAGAUGCCUGUGGAGAGAGCCGUGACUCAUGCCCCUCUUUCCUUGGGGACGGUCUUGCCAGCUGCAAACUGUUCCGGAAACAGACCAUGGGCAAUAUUAACAAGUAUUGAACAUCUAGGAGCUUGGGAAGGCCUAAGAGCUGCUGAGGGUGGGGCAGGGCUGGGGGUCUAACCAGAACUCAGAAGGGUCCAAUCCCUGAAUGUCUAUUGCAGGCCCAGAACUCACAGCCACAGCACGCCCAGUCACCGCAGCAGCGAGUUCCAAAGAUGCCUAACUCAGAAAGUGCCCAACCCCCACUGGAAUAUUAUAGGAGUUGGGUGCUCGUGCUGGGCAGCCCAGCCCAUGCUGUAGUCGGUGCCUGUUGUCACAGAGCAGACCCCUGCGGAGGGAGGAAACGGGUCAGAGGAGAUGCCGGAGGCUGCCGAGGUCUUGUCACAAAGCCUCUGGCUUCAGGCAGGUGUUAGCAGAGGAUUGGUCUGGUGUGGCCCUGCUGAAAUUAGCAUAGCUGCGUGAGCUGGGUGUUUGUGUGUGUGUUCUUCACAGAGAUGGGGGGUGCCAGAUCAGUGCCAUUUGUAGUUACAGCCGAAGCCUGUCCCCAUGGACACACCCACAAAUCUACCUUCCAUUGCCUGACAAACUCCUGAGCAUCAUGCAUGGCCUGUGGCCGCUGGCACCAAAGCCCGUCGCAGGCGUUCCUAGCACCGGGGCAGUAGCUCUGCUUGUGGGUUCGUCAGCGGGGAACAUCCCUCACUCGGGUGUGGGAGAGGCAAAACAAGAAGAGGUAUUUAGCCACUCUCCAGUUACAUGAUGUUAUUAUGUGUUCAGCCGGUGCUAGGGGUGAAGGAGAGAUGGGAUUCCAUCCCUGGAGAAUGUACCUCAGAGAGGAACCUACCCACGAUGAACCUCAUCUCCGGGGAGAUGCCUGUGCACGGGGAAAGUAAAAGGGUCGUUAAUGUGGAAGAAGCAAAGUCAUUACGGUCCCCUGCAGAUCUUAGUAAAAGUUGCGGGGUCGGCUCUGCUGACUUCUGGCGCUUCCUCUGCCGUGAGGAACUGAUCACUUUCUGUCCUCAGGGACCAGAGCUGAAAGCAGAACAUCCCAAAGCGCAGCUGAUAGGGUCAAGCUCAUGAAUUCAAUGAGCCAGCUAAUAGGGGUGGUGAAGGGUCACCGGCCAACCCCCUUCCAUUGAGCACUAGCUACGCAAACACUGCUCACUCAUGCUUUUGUGCCUCUCACGGGUUCUUCCCUUGUCCUCAUGCACUCUGCUGGGUUUGGAAGUUCUGCUCCAGCGGUGAGGCCAGGCAAACAGGACGCAGCAGGGGCCAGGGGAGAAGGCACGUCCCUAAUGCCACAGGGGCCAGGUGCAUGCCCUGUAUUCACAGAGGAGGGGGACACGGGGGACCCUACAGGUGGGCUGUUUACCAGGCCCGGGGCAUCUUGCUGACUGAGCUCUCCCCAUCAGGAGCGGCUCCGUAGCCCCCUUGGGCGCCGAGGUCCCCCCUCAUUGGACGCUGUACGACUGUUGUUUUUUUUUAAACCUGUUCUGUAAUUUAUUGAACCCAUUUGCCAAUUAUACUAAUCCAAAUAAAACUUAAUUUAUUGAAGAAGCCA